AUGAAGAUGGCCCCGGGGUGGAGGCGGGCGGCAGCUGAAGCGGGCGCCAACGACGUUGGCCAGCAGCAGCAGCAGCAGCACGGCUACUUGACGCUCUCGUUCUAUCGGUUCGUGCGGCUGCCUCCGCCCGAAGCAACGGCCAAGGCCGAGCAGGCGGCGCUCGAGGCCGAGGCUGAGCAGAUCGCGGCGGGCCGACGGGCCGCGAGGCUGGAGUCGCUGCGGCAGGAGCUGCUGGCCGACUGGCGCGAGGUGGGCGUGGUCGGGCGGGUCUACGUGGCCGAGGAGGGCGUCAACGCGCAGCUCAGCGUGCCGGCCCACCGGCUGGCCGAGUUCCGGGCGACGCUCGCGCGACGGCCCGCCGUGUUCGGUGACACGCAGGAGCUCUACCUCAACUUCACGGGCGACGGGCGGCCCACGGCCCAGGCCGCCUUCCGCAAGCUGCGGGUCAAGGUCCGCUCCCAGAUCGUGUCGGCCCAGGACGAGCUCAGCUUUCCGGCCCUGCUCCGCCCCAACGACCGCGACGAUGAGUUGGCAGAAGGCUGCGGCCACGACAAAGAAGAAGAGGACGAUGAGGGUGAUGUGAACGCGACCAGUGGCGCUUCGGCAGCAGGCGGGAAGCCGGGCCGGCACCUCACCGUGGACGAGUGGCACGCGCAGAUGCAAUCGCCCGACGCCGUGAUCGUCGAUGUGCGCAACCACUAUGAAAGCGAGGUGGGGCGGUUUGAAGGGGCAUUGACGCCCAACGUGAGCACCUACAAGGAGAGCUUUUCCCUCAUCCGCGAGAUGCUGCGAGGCAAGGAGGACAAACCGGUUCUGAUGUACUGCACGGGUGGCAUUCGAUGUGAGAAAAUGAGCCUCUUCUUGCACGAGCACGGGUUCAGCAACGUCAACCAGCUCAAGGGAGGGAUCGUGACCUACGCGCGCGAGGUCAAGGAGAGAGGCCUGCAGUCUCGCUUCAAGGGCAAGAACUUUUGCUUCGAUGAUCGACUCGGCGAGCCAGUGACCGAGGACAUGCUGAGCGUGUGCCACCAGUGCGGGUCUCCCUGCAACGACCACACCAACUGCCGCAACGAUGCCUGCUCGCACCUGUUCAUCCAGUGUCCGUCCUGCCGAGAAACACACAAGGGUGCGCCGGAGCUUUCAAGCCCAUGA